AUGCAGAUUCCCCUUAGCCCUGCCACGGCAGUGGCCAUUAUGCUAGCCGCUUUCGCACCCGGCACACAAGCCGCCGUCAAACACGACAUGGCAAUCAUCGCAUACAGAGGUGCCUCCUUAGGCGACUGCGAGUACUCCCUUCUACACGAGAACUCGCUCGGCGGAAACCAAGUCACAGCAAGCAAAUUCCGAGGUCGUCGAGCGAUUUGCACCAACGACGCAGCGAACGGCUGCGACGCUUCUCUCAUCGGGUGGAAAGCAACACAGUGUGUUGAGCGCAUAGAUGUCUAUUACAACGACGGACAAGCACCAGACACGGCUCAAGUCUUCGUCAACAGCCAUGGGCUCUGCCAGUACCGGGCUUAUAGCGACAACGCUGGGGGCCAGGUAAAUCGCUUUGAUGCUUGCUUUUGUUCGGACGUUGGCAUCCAUGAUAAUUGUUAGCGAUUGAGCUGGUGCGAAGGAUGGGCAGUCCGAUGAAGGCGAGAAUAACAGACUGCUAAGCCCGGGAUCCCUUUGAUGUUCAUAGUUUUGAGAGGGACGUCGUCGCAUAGUGGGCAAAAGCACACAACUCCUUGGAAGUUGGUCGGAGCAGUCCGCCGUUCUAAAGCUUGAGAAGAUAUUCGUUCCAUCACAACUUUGAGCAUGCAAGGCCUCAAGUCGCGCUACCUGGUAACAACGUAUCGUACUUCUUCUGUGCGCAAGGCGCGUGGUACAACCAGACUGUCUGGACAACUAGACGCAACUGCCAUAGCAUUUGUCAACGCCGUUUCGAUAGUUGGUUC